CAUAGCUUUUCUUGACAACUGAGAAACAAUAUUUCCCUCUGCCCUUUACAAUUUUCUACUGUCUCUAUCUCUCUCUCUCUCUCUCUCUCGUUUUCCCUUUCUUUCACGCAGAGAAACCUCAAGAAAAUUUUCCACUUCGAUCCAAUCAUGAGCAACGAAUAUGAUUAUCUCUUUAAGCUUUUGUUAAUCGGUGACUCUUCAGUCGGAAAAUCGUGUCUGCUUCUCAGAUUUGCUGAUGAUUCUUAUGUGGACAGCUAUAUCAGUACCAUCGGUGUUGAUUUUAAAAUCAGAACUGUUGAGCUGGAUGGCAAGACAAUCAAGCUGCAGAUUUGGGAUACUGCUGGGCAGGAGCGUUUCCGGACUAUUACAAGUAGUUACUACCGAGGCGCGCAUGGGAUAAUAAUAGUUUAUGAUGUUACUGAAAUGGAGAGCUUCAAUAAUGUCAAGCAGUGGUUGAAUGAGAUUGAUAGAUAUGCAAAUGAUAGUGUGUGCAAGCUUUUAGUUGGAAAUAAAUGUGAUCUAGUUGAGAACAAGGUUGUGGACACACAGACUGCAAAGGCAUUCGCAGAUGAGCUUGGCAUUCCUUUCCUAGAGACAAGUGCUAAAGAUUCAAUUAAUGUGGAGCAGGCUUUCUUAACCAUGGCAGGCGAAAUUAAGAAAAAAAUGGGAAACCAGCCAACUGCAAACAAGUCAACAGGAUCUGUUCAAGUGAAAGGGCAGCCUAUCCAGCAGAAGAGCAACUGUUGUGGGUAGCCGUUCAUGUGUACUUUUAAUUUCUUGCUACUGAGAUGUUAGACAUAAAUAUACUGUUGACCUUGCUAUCCUAGGUAUCUUUCAAAUGCUGUCAUAUAUUCUGCGCUUGAAUUUGUCUGAAAAUCAGAUUCUACACUUCUUCUAUUUUAUAUUUCUCGAGAAAAAAUGCUGAGUGCUUGGUUGUUACCCUUGUCAAUAGGGUAUCUACAAGCCCAAAAUGUUUUAAUGUUGCAGUCAGCAAUAUUUCAUUUCCUGGCA